AUGAAGUUCCUUUUAAUAACGUGUCUACUGGUUACGAGCUUAUUAUGUGUCACAGCGAAAACUGAAACCGAAGAUACUGAAGAAAAAACAGAAAUUACGAAAUUGGAAUUAGUAGAUCUUGGCGAGGGGGAUAGCGAUGCCGAAACCAAAGAGUCGGAAGUUCAAAAAAAGAGAGAUUCGGGAUAUUCCUAUAGGAGACCGGACAGUUUUGCAUUAGCUUCGAGAGCCCGUUUCCAAGUCGGGCAAUCUGGCCACAGAGGACGUAUCGUUAAUAGACAUCCUGCACAAAUAAAUAGACCUAUUACCAAAUACGGACCACCGGGUUAUCAGAAUUCAUCUCCAAUAAGACCUGCAUCACACAGUCAACAGCACCGAGAUAAAUUGCAAUUCCAGGGUCAUUUCAGUCAACAACAUUCGAACAACUUUGAUGGUCGUCCUAGUGGUUUGCUGGAACAAGAAGUACCGAGUCCAAUUAGACAGGUCGAUUUCGUCGAACCGAAUCCAAUAUCCACUCAAAACGAUGAACCUUUCGCGACUCACUCGGCCAAUUACUUACCGCCGCAAAAUCAAAGGUUACCUGGUUAUUCCGCACCGCAAGCUUUUUCCCCGUUCCAAGCAGGACAGAAUUCUAAAGGUGGUGGUCAAGGUCAGUCAUUAAACGUCCAAAGUCAGAGCAUCGUACAACCGCAAGGACAGAUCUCGGAUGCGACGCUGUUCUUAACGCAAAAUGCUCAAGCGAUACAACAACUUUAUGGUGCGCCCCCGAACGAACAAGACUUUGCACCACACACCGAUCAAUUCUUAGGUCACAACAAUCAAGUUCAGAAUCCGAAUGGUCAGUUUCAAAAUUUCGAGAGCAAUUUGCAAAGUCCGCAAAGUUUCCCAGGACCUCUGCCGUCAUACGCGUCUGGAACUCUUAGCGCCCAAGAAACUCUAGAGCAAAUACAAUCUCUCGAAAAGGACAGAUUGAUUGCUCAAUUACAGCGAGCGCUCGUAACUCAGACUCAGGCCCAAAAUGCAGAUGCAGCAGGAAGGUACGCUCAAAAUCAGCCGAGCUUCGUUCAGAAUCAAGAUCUUCUGGCUUCCCUUGGACAGCGAAUGAAGAUUCACGGUUUAAAUACACAACAGAAUACCGUAAACUUGGGCUCUGGAAAUACAGCUUUCAAUCAAUCACCUUUUUUGCCAGGGACAGCAAUCAGUCCGGGGUUUCCGCUUAGCUACGGACUGUCGACAACUAUUCAGCCUCCAACUACCACUACAACGACAACUACCACAACCGUGCAGCCUCCUCAGGCUGCUAAAGGCGAUGGAACCUCGCAAGUCGGUUCUUCCGUACCUGCGCCACCCCUAUCGCCAUCCAGUCCAGGAGUUCCCGUUUACGGUGGAUUUGUUCCUACUUUAAUCGCCGGUGCGGCUUUCGCAUCGAACGUACCAACUUACGGUCCUACUUUCUUUGCACCCGGUGCCAUCGCAUCCGUUCAAACAUCAGGAUCUUUCCCUACACAUUUUGGACUACCCAUUCCCACAGAUCCUAGUCAGAAACCUGGAACGAAACCAUCCACGGUUUCUACAACUCCGUCACCUUCUUCGACGAAUCAACCUAACGCUCCUUCACCUCCGCCAGUUAGUACCGCGCCACUUCCUAUACAUCCUGUUGCAACUCCGCUUCAUCCAGUCGUAACUCCUCUUCAUCCAGUAAGUCCUUUGCAACCGGUGCUUCCUCCAACGUCGACACACGUGCAUCCAGUACAAACUCCGUCAACGACACAUCCGUCUUACGGAUUACAAACGGCGGUAAUCAAUUCACUUCUAUACAAGCCCAUCAAACCGGUCUAUCCGUUCUACUAUUACCAGAACGUCGCAUAUCAGGUACCUAAGCCGACGUUACCAACUUAUCCGUGGAGCUACGCGCCGACCUAUGCUCAAACGAAACCGACCCAGAUAUGGAAAUGA